AUGGUGACGAUCUGUACCUACAAUGCACGUACACUUGCAUCCGAGUCCUCGAUAGAAGAUUUGCUCAUGCAACCAAGAAGGACAAGGUACGACGUCAUCGACCUGGCCGAGACGAGAGCACGUCAGCCGCUCAACGCCGUCUAUGACACCGGAGAAGAACUGUUCAUCGGAAAAUGCGACAGUAGAGGAGUCGGCGGCGUCGUCGUUUUCGUUAACAAGAGUUUGUCCAUGAACAUCGAGUUUACGAUUAAAAAGACGUGGAUCAAUCCCGGCUUUGACAAUCUUCGUUGCUUACGCCCCGACAUCAAACUAUGA